GCAGCGAACAUGCCCCGCGCCAAAUGUCCCGAAAGUUUGGAAAGACUAUAAUAUUCGAGGCGAUUAAAGUUACGUUGGGCAGAUAGGGCCGUUAACGCCUCACAGAGCCAUGUUUGGCGGAAUGCUUGGGGCACAUCCUUGACGCAAUAUCUAGCGCCACUUUGUUUCUUAAUCCUACGCGCAACAUUGCGAACCGUGAGUCCUCCCUUUCUCGCGUCCUUGCCAACACAACAACGCUGCCCUCGCCACCUCUGCGGUUGUAUAAUAGGCGUCGAAGCCCCGAUCGCACCCUUUGCGCCGUCAUCACUCCAGCCCGAUACAGCGUCCACGGCGCUCCGAUACCGCCAACAUGGGGCUCUCCAAAUCGACGCGCAUCAUGAUCCUGCUGGCUAUCGACACGGCAUUCUUCUUCGUCGAGCUCAUUGCGGGUUAUACGGUGCACUCUUUGGCGCUGGUCGCCGACUCGUUCCACAUGUUGAACGAUGUCAUAUCGCUCCUCGUUGGAUUAUGGGCCGUCAAGGUCGCUAGCCAAAAGACCAACUCGAAGACAUACACAUACGGAUGGCAACGCGCGGAAACCCUGGGUGCCCUCAUCAACGGCGUCUUCCUUGUCGCGCUGUGUCUCUCCAUCUUCCUCGAGGCUAUCCAGCGCUUCGUCGAGCCUCAGGACGUUUCCCACCCCGUCAUUAUCCUCAUCGUCGGUUCCUGCGGUCUCCUGUCCAACAUCAUCGGUCUCUUCCUCUUCCACGACCACGGUCACGGCGGCCAUUCUCACGGUCAUUCCCACGGAAACGACGCACACUCUCACGCCGAGGAGGGACACUCUCACAGCAUCGAUGCGCAUGACCAUGCUGUUGCGGACGAGCGCGGUAAUGUAGCCGAUGUGCUGCCCCAGAACCGCGUCGGCUUCCCAUCAAACCUCACCCAAACCCCCUCCAAAGCCACGGCAAAGAAGAACAAGCGCCACAGCCGGUCGCACUCGCGCAACUAUGCGACCAUUGACGAGAUCUACGUACACCCCUCUUCCUUCAGGAACAGCAUCAUCGAGUCUUCCCGCGCGCACGACGAUGAAGCAGAUGACGAGGAUAACGAUGUCGUCGAGGAUGAGGAGCCUACUGAGCAGACUUCGCUUCUAUCUAAACCCAAGAGCCACGGCUCGCACGACCACUCGCACACUCACGCUCACGGAAAUGGCAAGACUAGCCAGAAGGACAACCACAAGGGCCACAAGCACAAUCAGCCCAAGAAGGAGGCGUCUGGAGGUGGACAUGGUCACUCUCACGCUGAUCUGAACAUGCGAGGUGUCUUCCUACACGUCUUGGGAGAUGCCCUGGGCAACAUUGGUGUCAUUGCCACUGCUCUGUUCAUCUGGCUUACGGACUACUCCUGGAGGAUGUAUGCCGAUCCCGCGGUAUCUCUGCUCAUCACCGUCAUCAUUCUCCUGUCUGCUCUACCCCUGUGCAAGGCUGCAUCUCGUAUCCUUCUCCAAGCCGUCCCGGAGCACUUGUCCAUCGACGACAUCACCGACGACAUCACCGACCUCACAGGCAUCGUCUCCUGCCAUCACCUCCACGUUUGGCAACUAUCAGACACCAAGCUCAUCGCGUCGCUCCACGUCCAGGUCGACUUUGACUUCAAGGGUCAGGGCUCAGCACGCUACAUGGAUCUUGCACGCCAAAUCCGCGAAUGCCUCCACCAGUACGGUAUUCACUCUUCGACCAUCCAGCCCGAAUUCUGCCUCGAUGCUAGCCAUGACCACUCGGCACAUGGCUCAGACGAAAGCGGCGCGGAAGAUGGCGGUCGCAAGAGCAAGAACCCCAGCGUCAAGGGCGGCCCUGACGCCUGUCUUCUAGAGUGCCCCGACAGCUGCGGUGGAGGAAAGCAAUGUUGUGACCCCAACACUACCGGUCCCAACGGGCCGUCAUCAUAAGCAUUGCUUGUUUCCUUCUGUUGUUCGCAGUACCCGACGCAUUAUGUGUCAACUUUCUUUAUCGUUUGUGAGGAUAUUUGUACCAAAAGCUAAGGCGAUGGGUUUUCGUCGAUCGCGGGUUGCGUGUAGAGAGUCCGAUGAAGCUUGAUUGCAUCGUUGUGCGUUCGACGAGUAGAUGAGAGGUGAACCUAAUUAAGAAAAUAUUACGAAACGCGCCUCGUAUGCCCGUAUCCUUAUCUCACCGUUUACACCCACCCCUCCACCAAAUCACUAGCUGACAGGUCAGGUCGCGUGUCUCACUUGCACCGUGCUGAUGCUGUGGAUAAUAUACCCAAGUGGGCAACAUCUCCACCCGCGCCCUGUGACACGAAGCACUCCAAGCAUAUACCAAGCUAAUACUAUGGAGCUUAUGUGGGCACAAGGAUAAGCAGCUUCCAGAUCUGUGGGUU